UGCUGUUUAGGCAGUUCAAUGUUCUAUUCUUUAUUUAAAAAUGAAUCAUUUGUUUAUUUGAAUCUUAUAAAAUAGAUUUCUAAAAUUGUAUAAUCCAAUUAAUCGUCAGAAUAAGCAAAUAGUAAAAUAAUGGGUAGUUCCAGUCCCAAUUUUUAUGACAUAAACAUUCAUGAAAGUGUUGAAAUAAAACAAAAAAGUAGUUUGUCCAUCAAUUUACUUUUGAAAGAAAAAAAAACAAAAAACAAAACCAAUAUUGAAAGUUUUUGUCAAGCAGUAACUAUAAAAAACACAAUCAUCAGAAACAUUGCAACAAGAAGAGGAAACUCCUCCGGUGGGUGUCAACAGCCCCCAUCACAGGCCCCGAACGCAGCCUGGGUUAUCAGAUGGGACUGGGCCGCAACGGCAAUGUUAGGUCAGAAUGACUCGGUACCAAACACAGAAGGAGAAGUAGUUGAUGAGAACACCAAACACAGGGAGGAGGAAGUUGAUGUUGUUGAUAUUUCUUUUUAGAUUUAGUCUUUGCUAUGAAAAACCAGAAUAACUAGAAUCAAACCAAUGGAAGUCUUAAAGAAGACUCUCGAUGGAGUCAGUCUGAAAUCCUCCACCAUGAGCAAGGACCAAAGCAGAGAUAAGAGAGAUAAAGUUAUUAAUAUUUACAGAAAUGAAUUCUACACUGCUGUGCUGGAUGAAGAUGUUAGAGGAAUAGAAAACAUGGUAAAGAAGUAUGGGAGCAACAAUCAGAUAGAGAUACAGGACGGUUCAUCAAGAGGAGUGUUCUGGAAGGGCUUUGCCAUCCUUCCCCUCCACCUGGCUGCUACCUACAGAAGAGUCCACAGCCUGCAGAGUUUGCUGUCAGCUGGAGCCGAUGUUCAAGUCAAGGACAAGCUGGGUCGGACGUCGCUACAUUUGGUCAUCAUCAACUGGCCAAUCACCACGACAAAACCUUCCUCCAAGUUCUGGGCAGCUGUGGCGAGAGCAAGCAGGCAGGCUAAAGCCUGUUUACGGCUGCUCUGUGAGCACGGAGCUGACGUCAACACGCAGAUGGAUGAUCAGAGUCAGCAAACGCCUCUCCAUCUGUCAGUGCGGUACAGAGCGCUGUCUGCUGUGCGGCUGCUGAUCAGCUGCGGCGCCAACGUGAACGCAGUGGACAGCAGUGGAAUGACACCUCUGCACAUGGCAGCAUCAAUCCUCCAUCAGGACAUAGCAUCUAGUUUAAUCAGCCACGGAGCUGACGUCAACAUGAGGAUGCAUCACUCUGCGAACACUCCUCUGCACCUCGCUGCAGUUGCAGUGAUGACAAAAGCAACCAAAGUCCUGGAUGAAGACGUGAGCUGUGUCUCUGAGCUGCUGGAGCGCGGAGCAAAGCCAAACAUUGUAAACGAGGCCGGCAUGUCGCCAUUCCACCAAACGUGCAGCCUGGGAAACGAGCAGCUGGUGGACCUGCUGCUGCGAUACAGAGCCAGUGUCAACAAGCUGAGCGCAGCAGGGCAGAGCUGUCUGUUCCUGUUCCUGAACCACACACCUAACACGAGGAACGGCUCCCUGCUGAUCAAACUCCUCACCCUGAGCACUCCGCUCAGCGUAUGCAGCCACGACGGCCGCUUACCCUCCACCUUAACUCAGCCACGCUUCUUUAAACAGAGAGAGCAACUGAUCCAACUAACCCAGCAGCCAAAGACACUUUGCGAUAUUUGCAAAAGUAAUAUUUAUCUGAAACACAUCAGAGGGAGAAAGGAGGAGCUGAAAAAAGUUAUUCCUGAAAGCUUGUACAACUUUGUCUUCAACCAAUGGGAGAUCCAAAACCUUCCGUUUGUGACAGAGAGUGAAGAGGCGUCAUAGCAAUGUGCAUGAACCUGAGCUACAAGAUUUGAUCCAUUCAGCUGAGAUAAGAUUUAAUGCCUUGCUAAAGUAUUCCUCCAUCUUAGAGAUUUUCACUUCCUGUCACAUUAAAAACACAAACUUCCUUGAAUUGUAUGCUGAGCAGUACAUAACUAAACUGGAGGACAAAUUAUACUUUUUUUUUUUUUUCAAAUAAAAUAUCUAAGCACCGAGGUGCAUUUCUAUUGAACCUGUUACUCUAACACAGGGGUCUGCAGCCUUUACAAACUAAAGUGCCUCAGAUAAACAAAAGCUACUAAGAGCCAAAAGAUGUAAUAUAACCUUCUCUGAAAGGCAAACUUAAAUGCUUUAAUAAAUAUCAAUCAUGGGAAAUGUGCGUGGUCGUUCUUAAAGAA